GCGCAAAUGAGUCCGGCAACUCAACAUGUACCUAUAAUAGGCGCCUUGUGUAAGACACUGGCCAAUCUAUCAUGGUUCCAGCCACUCGGUGUCGGAGGUUCAACACUGAAUUGCCCUGGCUUUUUUUCGCAUAAACCGUGACCGCCAUCAUGAAGUCACUUCACAUCGGCCUUGGCUGUGCCCUUCUUGCCAGUGGUGCCCUGUCCCAGUUCCUCGAACCGCCUCCCACCACCGCAGACCCCAACACACUUCCCGAAUGCACCUGGUGGCAUGUUGCCGUCGCCGGCGACACUUGUGAGGAGCUGAGCGCCGCCUGGGGGCUCACAGUAGCCACACUCACCAAGUGGAAUCCUUCGCUCGCCAGCGGUUGCAACUUUGUCGUGGGCAACUCAUACUGCAUCGAGAAGAACUAUGGUCUUCCUGAUCCCGAACCCACAACAAGCACAUCGGCGGCGCCGCCCACCACUACUGGGAAUGGCGUGGCAACGCCCAAGCCCAUCAGUGACGGCAUGACCACCACCUGCAACAAAUUUCACUUGGUUGUCAAGGGCGACGGCUGCGCCUCUAUCCUUCAGAAGUAUGGCAUUAGCUUCGACCAGCUGUUUGUCUGGAACCCUGCUAUUGGGAGCAACUGUGAGAUGCUCCAGCUGGGUGUGAACUACUGCGUGGGUUUGAUCGGAGGGACACCCGUCACUUCGACGCCACCAACCAUCACCACGCCCACCAACGGUGUUGUGACGCCCACACCAAUCCCGGACGACACGGUCAAGAACUGCAACAAGUUCCACCUCGUCGUCAAGGGGGAUGGCUGCACGGCCAUCACUACGCAGUACGGCAUCAGCUUCGCCCAAUUCUAUGCCUGGAAUCCAGCCGUCGGGAGCAACUGCGAGCUGCUCCAGCUGGGCGUCAACUACUGCGUGGGCUUGAUCGGGGGCUCGCCCAUCACCUCGGCACCACCGACCAUCACUACCCCCGCCAACGGCAUCGUCACCCCUUCGCCGAUCCAGGACAACAUGACCACGAACUGCAACAAGUUUCAUCUCGUCGUCAAGGGCGAGGGGUGCAGCAGCAUCGGGACCUUGUAUGGUAUUUCCUUUGCGCAGCUCUUCAGCUGGAACCCGGCCAUCGGCAGCAACUGCGAGACGCUGCAGCUCGGCACGCACGUCUGCGUCGGCGUCAUCGGCGGCGCCACCACUACCACAACCCCGGGGCCUUCGCCGACAACAUCCAGGCCGGGCAACGGCAUCGUCACCCCGACACCCAUCCGGGAAGGAACCACGCCCAACUGUACCCAAUUCCACUUUGUUGUCAAGGGUGAUGGCUGUGCAUCCAUCCAGCAGAAGUAUGGCAUUAGCUUCGACCAGCUGUUCGCCUGGAACCCUGCGGUGGGCUCCAACUGUGAGGGCCUGUGGCUUGAUACGUAUGUCUGUGUGAAAGCCACGGGCGGGCCAACUGCGCCGCCGACCAUGACAACGAGGACAACCAGCACGUCGACUACUAGUACUCGCGGAAAUGGAGUCGCGACUCCGACGCCGACGCAGCCGGGCAUGGUGACCAACUGCAAAACCUUCCACAAGGUCGUGAAGGGUGAUGGGUGCCAGGCGAUAGCGGAUCGGUACAAGAUCACCUUGGCCAACUUUAAGAAGUGGAAUACUGCCGUGGGGACGAACUGUGAGUUGAUGUGGUUGGAUGCGUAUGUUUGUGUUGGGGUGCUUUAGAGUUUAGAUGAUGAGUUCUUGGAACAAGGGGAAGGAGCGUGGGACGGUGGGAGAAAGAGCGGCAUGCAAAUUCCAGGAUUUCUAGUCUCUGUAGUAAUGGAGUUCCAACUUCCAUCUCUUGAAGCAUAAUAUAACGCACCUUCCUUAUCCAUUUCUGAAACCAAUUCUCCGGGUUUCCCGCCAACUACCGGUAGUAGCGUUGGGAAUUGAAAUUCGCCAAUCCCGGGAUUUCCGGCGUCGC